GUUUUAUACGAAAGAAACAGACAUUUUGCAUUUUCAUUCAGGUUAUAAAUUGGAAACGUGCGUGUUUUAUUCAUAAAAACAAAUAAAGAAGAAGGUUUUUAUAAAAUUACAAACAAUGGAUUGGAACUUGAAGUAUGGUGAACUUUCGAAGGACAAAGACUUCGUAGAUAACUGCGAGAAUUUGAAGGAAAAUUUGCAAGAGGUCCAGAAAGUCUUGGAUCAAUUGUUGCCACUGAAGGAACAUUACGAUAAACUGGAGCUUCCGGCGCAAAUUGAACUUGAUCUAUUCUUGGCGUUCACUCUCAAUUCAUUGCACUGGGUCCACUUGCGCAUUCAAGGCAUAGACCCUUCCAAGCAUCCAAUAAAAGAUGAACUUCAAAGGAUAAAAACAGUGAUGAUGAAGUGGCAAGAAGUUAAAGACAAAGAAAAGCGACCAACAGUGAAUAUUGAAGCUGCUAAAAGAUUUGUGCGUAGUGGACUUUAUGAUCCUUACAAAGCUACCGCCCAACCGCAGAAUAAAAAGACCAAAUUUGAUGAUUAAAAUAUCCCAAUAAGCCAUGUCCUUUUUUAAGACUGAGUGUAAUUUUAAACAGAUAAUCUAUGAUUGAUUAUCUUUAUAUUUGUGUUAUUAUUGCAUGAUAAAAUGUUAGGAUAAAAUAGGUAUUAUAACUAUAGAAUCUUAUUACAAAUUACCAUGUACAUA